AUUUAACUCAGCAUUUGGCCCUGCAACCUGGCAGGCUGUGAUUCAGUAGAAGUCGGCAGGCAUGGCUAAGUGAUAUUCCUAAGCCCAAACCUUACUGCACACAAUUAUUAUAAUUAAUCUGUCUUCAUGGUGAUCCUUAAUAGCGAGGUGAUCUCAGGCUCAGGAUCAGAGGACAUGCAUCAUAAGGAGUCAUUAGGAAUGGAGACCCUCAUCUGAUAUCAGAGGCCUUCGGUGCAAGCCAGAAGUAAAAACGAAUGGGGAUUGAAUUGAUCUGCCUCUUUGCUUUCAUUCUGCAUGGAAAAAAUCACGUGCAAGGAAGUUGCGCUUUGGGAAGUACAAUGACUUGCGGAGAAUGCCUGAAACUGGGGCCACACUGCGCUUGGUGCUCUCAUAAGAAUUUUACUGACUCUUUGGAUAUUGCAGUUAGAUGCGAUACCUAUGAAGUUCUUCAGUCUAAAGGAUGCCCUGCUGAGUCCAUUGAAUUCCCAGAUUCCAAAUUAGAGGUUCUUAGAAAUAAGCCACUUACAGAAGGUGCCCAGGAAAACAGUUCCGAUGCCACUCAGAUCAGUCCUCAGAAGCUUCUCCUCAAACUAAGACCCGGUAGAGAACUAACGUUCCAGAUCGACGUUCGUCAGACUGAAAAUUAUCCUGUAGAUCUGUACUACCUGAUGGAUCUCUCUGCCUCUAUGGAGGACGAUCUGAAAACAAUUAAGGAAUUGGGUUCAAGCCUUUCAAAGGAAAUGUCCAAGUUAACAAACAAUUUUCAGUUGGGAUUUGGAUCUUUUGUAGAGAAACCUGUCUCCCCCUUUAUUAAAACAGUUCCAAAGGAUAUCGAAAACCCUUGCCAUAGUAUCCCUUAUUACUGCUUGCCAACCUUUGGGUACAAGCAUGUUCUGUCCUUAACGCCGAAUGCCCAGAACUUCAAUGAAAUAGUGAAGAAGCAGUGGAUCUCUGGAAAUAUUGACACGCCAGAGGGAGGGUUUGAUGCCAUCAUGCAAGCAGCAGUUUGCAAGGAGCAAAUUGGCUGGAGGAAUGGGUCUUUACAUCUUCUGGUGUUUGUUAGCGAUGGCGACUCUCACUAUGGUAUGGACAGCAAACUGGCUGGCAUUGUGAUCCCAAAUGAUGGCCUGUGUCAUCUAGACAGCAGUAAUGAAUAUUAUAUGUCUACAGUCCAGGAAUAUCCAUCAGUCGGACAGCUCAUUGAAAAACUAGUGGAAAACAACAUUCUUCUCAUUUUUGCAGUUACAAAGGCAUAUGUUCCUUUAUACCAGGGUUACGCCAGUCUGAUUCCAGGGGCCACAGUUGGACUUCUGGCAAAGGAUUCUGGGAAUGUCCUGCAGCUUAUUAUAAAUGCAUAUAAAGAACUGAGGUCAGAGAUUGAGCUUGAAGUGCUCGGAGACACAGAAGGACUCAGCCUUUCCUUUACAGCACUGUGUAACAACAACACGGCUAUCCCACACAGCAAGAAAUGCCAGCAUUUAAAGGUUGGGGACAGAGUGUCUUUCAGUGUAAGCAUUACGUCUGCGUCUUGUGAAAAACAUACUCGGCACAUAGUAAUAAAACCCGUGGGCCUUGAAGAGAGUCUGGAAGUUGAGAUUCAGUCUGAGUGCUCAUGUCAGUGUCACAGAGAAGAGAGGAGCAGUGAAUGCAGUAAGGGCAACGGAGCCCUGGAAUGUGGGGUUUGUGUUUGCUACCCCCCUUACUUGGGAGACCACUGCCAGUGCAACGAAGGCUCCCUCAACAGUAGCUCCUGCAAAGAACUGGACUCCUGCGGUGGCAGAGGGGAGUGUUACUGCGGCCAGUGUAUCUGCUAUCCCUCCGUUUACGGGCGCAUUUAUGGGUCCCAUUGUGAAUGUGAUGAUUUCUCUUGCUUGAGGCACCGGGGAGUCAUCUGUGCAGGUCACGGGGACUGUGAAUGUGGAGAGUGCAUAUGCCAUAGUGGCUGGAGCGGCUCCUACUGUAACUGCACGAUGGACACUCAGACCUGCAUUUCAGAGAAUGGCGCCCUCUGCAGUGGAAGAGGGGAAUGUGUCUGUGGGAAAUGUGUUUGUAACAACCCUGAAGUAUCUGGUGAUGUUUGUGAAAGGUGUCCUACGUGUGGAGAUCCCUGCAGCUCAAAAAGGGCCUGUGUAGAAUGCCAUUUACUGCCGGCAGAAGAACAACAAGAGGAAUGUGAAGAGACAUGCAAGCUGGUGGAUGCCACAGUCAGCAAUGCAGAAGAUUUCUCCGAGGAUAAAUCUAUUUCGUGCUCCUUGCAAGGUGAAAAUGAAUGUGCUAUUACAUUUGGGAUGGCGACGGAUGAGCACGGAAAGAAAGUCAUUUAUAACAUACAGCAAAAA